AUGAUUUACAAUCUCUGGAAACAUUGUACCCUUAUCGGGUCGUUGGCUCUCUUGGAGGCUUUAGCAGCUAACAUAAGCACGACGGAAACUUUUGUUGGGGGCACUCCGCCUUGUGACGCGCUCCUCGCCGCCGGCUUAGGUGAUAGGGUUUUAUCGCCAACCGAUUCAGGGUACGAGAAACAGGUGCAAACCUGGUGGGCUCGGAAUGCCCAGCUUCAUCCAUGGUGUAUUGUGCUACCCGAGAGUACUGAAGAAGUUUCCCUCACUUUGACCACACUCCUAAAAGCUGGCAAUGGCGCUGGAGACUGGCACAUUGCAGUCCGGAGUGGGGGGCAUGGCUUUCAGUUGAACAACAACAUUCAGAAUGGAGUCACUAUCGAUUUGAGCAUGCUCAAUUACUCCCGUUAUGAUGCCGAAACGAAUACCGCAACGCUCGGUUCGGGAGGGCGAUGGGAGAAUGUUUACGCUAGUCUGGGCGAUCAAGGCGUUGUCGUGGUCGGUGGCCGCGAUGGCGACGUUGGAGUGGGAGGCUUCCUUCUCGGCGGCGGCACAUCCUAUUUCUCGCCCAAGUAUGGAUUCGCCUGUGACUCUGUCCUCAACUACGAGGUCGUGCUCACCAACGGAAGCGUCGUCAAUGCGAACAAGACCAGCAACUCUGAUUUAUGGAAGGCGCUCAAGGGUGGCGGCUCCAACUUUGGCAUCGUCACAAGGUUUGACCUGGAAGCCCUUCCUGCUCGUGAUAUCCACUACGAGGUCCGAAUACUGCCCGCAACCGCUUCUGAUGUGGUCUCCGAUACGCUGAUCAAGUUUGCUGAUCAUGACAUGUCGCUUGCUGAUAACGCACUGGUCACUUUCCUCCAGUACAACGGCACGGCAGGUCCUGACAUCACGAUCACGGCCAUCUAUGUCAACACUGCUGGGCACAAUGGUGUCGAAACGGCGUUUGACAAUCUGCGGGACAUUCCGUCUAUUCGCAAUGUUUCUGUAAAGCAGUCUGUGGCCAAGACUGCCGCAGGGUCGAAAGUCCAAGGCGGACAAUUGAGUGCUGCGGCGACUCUGUUGUUCAAAAAUGAUCCAGAGAUUCUUCAAUACUCCACCAAGCUCCACGAAGACUUCGUCAAGUCCCUUCAGAGUUCCAUCGGCCCGGAAGCCUUCGGAACGAUGAUCUUUCUACAGCCUGUCGGAAUGGACCAUGGAAAUAUCGCAAAUCAACGCGGCGGUAACAUGCUUGGUCUUGAAAGAUUGAAGUCAAAUGCCAUCAUGUGGACGGGUGGUGUGUAUGUGUUGACGAACGACGCAGACUUUGCCUUGGCGGAAGCAUGUUUGACUUCGAUGUCGGACAAGAUACAGAGAUUUGCGAAGUCUGUCGGGGGCGACAUGGACCUGGUCUACCUCAACUAUGCCAGUCCUCGUCAGGAUGCUCUCGCAGGAUACGGCCCACAGAAUGUUGAAUUCAUACGGGAAGUUGCUGCCAAAUACGACCCGAGUGGCGCGUUUCAGACAAGAGUUCCUGGGGGCUUCAAGAUCGGGAGAUCUGGGUAG